AAGGACCCACCGGGACCAGAGGCAGCGGGGCCGUGCUGCAGCUGCCGCCGGGCCGAACCUCCUCCCCGUCGGUGGGAUUGUGCUGCGAGUCCCGGAUAGGAGGAGGAGGAGGAGGAGGAUGAAGAAAAGCAACCAGAGCAGGCGGGGUGUUCAGGACUCGGGUCCACCGGUGGUCCACCAGCCGGAGAAGAUGGGCUGGAUCCGGAAGUUCUGCGGUCGAGGGAUUUUCAGGGAGCUGUGGAGGAGCCGGUACGUGAUGCUGAGAGGAGACUACCUCUAUAUCUCGGACAAGGAGGUGAAAGAUGAGCGUAAAGCACAGGAAGUGUUUGAUCUGGCCAAUUAUGAGCGCUCAGAGGAGCUGAGGAAGGCCAAGAGUCGCAGCAAGAAAAACCACAGCCGCUUCACGGUGCUGUGCUGCAGGCAGCCAGGAAACACCGCUCCAAACCUCGUGUUUCUGGCAGUGAGUCCUGAGGAGAAGGAGUCAUGGGUAAAUGCCCUCAACAUUGCCAUCAUCAAAGCCAAAAACAGAGUUUUGGAUGAGGUGACCAUCGAGGAGGACAGCACACUGGUUCAUCCCACCAGAGACCGAGCGAAGAUUCCUCAUGGCCGCCGACUGCCGACCAGAGGACAUCUUAUGGCCGUGGCGUCCACCUCUUCCCAUGGCACGUUGACACUCGAUCUGGUUGCUGAGGAAGACGGUUUCGCCCAGGACUACGAUGGCGACUGGGAGAACAGCUUCCGGGUUGACCUGCAGGGAGGCGGGUCUUGUGGACAGAUAGGAGUCGGAGGUCGUCAGCGAGCCGGCACCGAUGUGUCAAAGCUGCGGGUGACAUCCAAGGAGCCCAAGGUGAAGACCAGCAGUCUGCCCAGGGGGAGUGAGCGGUCCUGGGGAAGGCAUCUGGAGACCUCCAAAGUCCACAAGUCUCCACAAGUCCAGGUCAUUCAUGCUCAGUCUCGAACGCCACAGCCAGGGAAGAGGUUCAGCAUGCAGGGUCGGAGUCGCUGUGCCUCCAUGGAUGAAGUCCUCUCCUCCAGACCGGCGAUGAUUCGCUCGGAGUUGCGCUCUGCUCUUCGUCGAUGUCCAACUGAAGAGGAAGCAGGAGGCGGGGCUUCAGUCCAGCCUGUGGGUCAGUUGCAGAGCCUUAUUGCCCAGAGGAUGCAGAGAGCUCAGGAGCUGCUGGAGGAGAUGAGACUGCAGGAGCUGCAGAAGACCAAAGCAGAGAGAGAGCGAGGAGGCAGCUCGCCUUACCUAAAGGGCAUCGACUCCCCUCGACUCCAUCACCUCAGGGGCUCCGACUCACCUCAUUCCAGCAGGUCAUCAGGAUCUCCAAGGAGCCGGAGCAGCGACUCUCCUCGCCUCCGGGGUAAAGACUCUCCUCGUCCCAGAGGAAGAGAGUCUCCUCGACCCAAGGCCAAGAAGAAUCGCUCCAAAGGAACCGAUUCACCUCGCUCCAGAGGAUCCCACUCACCUGCUGGUAAAGCCAGCGACUCACCUCGUCUGACCAACUCCCCUCGAUCGAAGAGCACCGACGCAGCUCGAGCUCCAAAACUCAAGGGAUCAUCUACCGCCUCUCCCAACAAGCAGGGCAGCUCUCCGGUACAGAAGUCACCCGACUCGCCUCUGAGUGUCAGACGAUCCAACUCCUCUCAGGUUAAAGGAUUUGGUUCACCGCAGGGCAGCGAGGCCGACUCCCCUCGUGUAGGGAGCGAUAAGGAGUCUUCCUGUCAGAACUCCCCGAGCCUGUCUGGGUCCUUUGAAUCCUCACAACCCAAAACCCCUGACAAACACCACCUGUCCCCCCCUCUACCAGCCAGCCAGCUGUCUGUGGAGGACUUGGAAGUGGAGAGGAGGCGCGCUGAGGCCGAGCGCCUCCUGGAGGAGGCCGUGUCCUCGUGGAAGGAGGCGCAGGAGGUCCUGCAGGAGGUGAAGGAGCUGCAGAGCCAGACACUGCGGCGGCAGCGUAGGAGGACCUAUGAGAAGAUGACAUCAUCAGCGGCAGCCACUGGAUUACCUGCACCGAGCGGGGCAGCGGCAGAAGAAGACGACACACCUGCCUCGCCGACAUCGCCGGAGGACGACGAUGAGUCAGAGACACCUUAACCAGGAGUGUGAUUAUUCAUCAGUGAUUGGAUUCUCAGUGCAAGUAGCAGUUUUUUGUUUUUUUCCUCAGCAUGCUGACACAAAAAGAGGUCUGCUUUUAAUUCUGUUUCCAUGUUUUGAUCUGCGGACAGCUGAUGCACGUGACCACUUCAAGUGUGGAUUAUUUUAAAGCCAGUCAAAAAGUUCUUCCCGGGAGGUUUAAUGACUUUAAUCCUCCACAGUGCACUAAACAGGAAGCGUGUGUGUGUGUGUGUGUGUGUGUGUGUGUGGCAGAUGUUUGAUAGACAGAUGUUUGAUGGGGAGGAUCUCUCCUUCUCUUUCUUUAACGGUGCUGCACGUUUCUCUUCUUUCUUUCUUCUUCCUGAAAGUGAAGCAAAAAGCCUUCAUGUUGAUCUCAAGGUUUUUGAUGAGAAGUGAGAAGAAAACAUUUUUGAGCUAAGAUGUCAAAAUUUAUACACGGAGAAACAUUUUGAAUAUGACAAAAGGACAAAGUCACUGGAGCGCAGCGGGAGCAUCUGCUGGAAAUUUCCUCUUUUUGAAACACUGAAAUUAACUCCAGAUUUUCACUCUGAUGAAGAAUUGAUUUAUUUGCUAAUGUAACUUUUGUGUUGAAAUUGUUGCUCUCUGCUUUUGUGUAGCAGGGAUUCCUGUAAACGUCCUUCCAGCUCUAUUUUUAACCUCACAGGAUUUUUAUAGUCAGUGAGUUUUUGUCAAGUUACAACAAAAAUCAGGGAGUUUAAUGUUAAACAGAACGAAGACAAAAGAAGCAAUAAUGAACACAAAGUCUUUACCUGUUUGUGUGAUGCAGUUUACACAAAUUAACAGAAACUCUGCAUUCUCUGGAUAUUCGUUCAUGAAUAUGGAGCAAAAAGCUGAAAUUAAAUUUGUACAGUCGGAGCCCAACAGAUGCUGGAUAUUUAAAUCAUCAACCAAUAAACAAUACGUUUCAGAUCAUUACGACUGACCUACUGUAUGCAGUGAGCCCUCAGCUUUAGUGAAACAUAAACACAGCAUAAAAUAUGGAGGCCUGAAACUGCCAAAAUCAAAUAAAAUGACCAAGAAAAAAGAGUGCCAUUAUAUGCACCAAAUAUUAGAAAUAUAGACAUUAAUUAAUCUAUACAAUGUAACAAGCGUAUCCUGAUUUUAUUUGAUUACUUUAUUUACUUUGCCAUUUAUCAAUUGAAUUAUUAGUGUAGGUAAUUUUUUUAUUAAACACUUUAUGAAUAUAUAAUGGGACCUGAAAGGAGAUACAAAAAAGGAAGGUAGAAAUGUAUUAAUGUGAUUGAAACAAUUGCAUAAAGUAAUGAAUUAAUAAAUAUAGAGUAAUAGAAGAAUCAAAGGAAAAAUUAAAAAAAACUAGUGUGUUGCAUUUUAUAGAUUACAGUCUACAUUUCAUUUUUAUAAUGUUCAGAUAACUGUAAUACUGUUAUUAGUAGUAUUACUUUAUUUAUACAUCAGUUUGGAUAUUUGCAGUUUCUGUCCUCCACACAAACAAACAAAAUUUUGGACCAUUUGUAAAUUUUAUUGUCACAAUCAUACAGGAUGAAAUUUUGCUUCCCAGAUUUGCAGCACUAAGUGCAGAUGUUAAAUAUUGCAGAUAAAAGUGUGCAGGCGUGACACAAAGAACAAAUUAAACAUGAAUGUGUCACAGAUGACAGAAUUACAUGUAUGUGCUGCAAACUAAACACUGAGUGUAACUGUAUGAAUUCAUGGAGUGCGUUUGUUAAGCAAAUGCGUUUUUACCUUUUUGGAGCUGUACAGUAAUAAUCGCUGCAUUCACACUAAGCUCAUAGCUGCCAGUUUAUCAGUGUAGCCAAAGCUAAUCAAAUAUUUACAGGAACUCAAAUAUUCAAAGAAAUAUCCAUAAUCUGUACUGAAAAUUUAGUUCUGUCAUUAUGUACUAAAUACUAAGAAGAAUAUGUAAUUAAUCCGACAGUUAAACCUAAACAUUUAUGCAUUUUAUAGCAUCUGAAACAACUAAAACUUUGUCGUGUGAUAGAAUCAGUGUUAGCUGCAGCCAGGCACAAAUUUACAGCAUGAAGGUUUCUCUCAGGUGGACCUGUUCUGCUCAUCUGCAGCGUGAUUCUGUAAAUAUCAGAUGUUCGUAGCUACAGUGACGUCAUUCUAGGUUUUUUGGGUGCCUCCGUGUUGGUUUCUGGAGCCAGAAGUGACCAUAUUUGGAUGAGGGGGGGGGGUUAUCAGUGACAUCCAAAUCAAAUCCCAGAAUUUCACUCAGCAAACUGGAGCUCCGCCUUCUUGGACAGUCUGUUAGUGCAGUGAACCACACAGCAGCCAUAUUAUUGGUCAGAUAAUUGCAUUUGAAAAAAACUGACACAGUCCAGAGGUCCAGUUCAAGGACUCAAAUUAACCACACAGCAAGUCCAGUUUUUUUCCUGAGUGUUUCCACCGUCAGCAUUUUAGUGGUUUAAAUCCAGAUGUGGUGAGCUGAACACUUAUCCAGCUGCCAGAUCCUCACAUGCUUCCUGCUACUUUGUUAAUAAACGGACCAUAAUUUCCAAAACAAGUUUCAUGUUUCAUUCAGUCAGACCUGAAAGCAGCAGCUGAGACCAUGAACUGAUCAGUGAAGUGUUUACUGAGCUCAGAGAUCAGCUGAGCAGGAGGCUCGUUUUCUUUAAAAACAAUCGGACUUCAUUUAAUAACUAGAGAAGUCACCCCCUGCUGGAAAUUAGAAAGAAUGCAGAUUUAAGACACUGCAGCGUUUGCUAUUUUAUACUCGACUAGCUUUGACUUCCUGUCAGAAACGAGCCUUUUGAGCUCCCAUCUCUCUAAACACUCCCCCCCAAAACCACCAGUUUCUUCUGAUUGCUCGACUCCUGGAAGCCUUCAGAGGGGCAUCAGCCUCAUUAUCUGAAUUGUUCACAUUUAAUACAAACUUGUUUCACUUUAGCAGAAUAAGUCCACUUUACCUGUCCUCUGAAAUACUGAAGACAUUCUGGCUCUGAAAGUUUCAAACAUCACGUUUAUUUGUAGCUGCUGUUUGUUGCAGGCGUCACCGUGUUUGAACAGUUUUCAUUUCUUUGGAUGUUUUUGCACAUUGGAGCAUGCAGGUGAAGGCGCAGAAAGAGCUGCAACACGCUAUGAAAUCUCUGUACUGUGAGUGACUUUAGUGAGAAGAUGUUGAACAAGUUCUUUUUGUUUUAAACUACUUUACUGUAUCACUUUAUAUCACACUGUGUUUGUUAAACUAUGGAAACACGUUAUUUUAAAUGUUUUUUGAUCUUUUUCUCUUGUAAAUCUGUAUGUUGUUUUUGGAUGUUGGAAUUACUGUACACAGCAAUGCAUUGUGGGUAAAAGGCACCAAAACAAACACUGUUGAUUUUCGGCUCGGAGCAUCCAGAGCUCAUCUUCACAUGCAAACUAAGAAUAAGCUAAACUGGCAGUGGGGUGAGUCCUCACCAGCUUUAUGGUUGGCUGUUUGAGAAGCAGAAUGGA